AUGUCGCGAGGCGGGACUACCUUGUACGUUACCGGCUUUAGCCACGGCACUCGCGCCCGAGACCUUGCCUACGAAUUCGAACGCUAUGGCCGUCUAGUCCGAUGCGAUAUUCCAGCCCCUCGAUCUGCUUCUAGCAGGCUGUUCGCGUUUGUCGAGUAUGAAGAUCGUCGCGACGCCGAUGAUGCCUACCACGAGAUGCACAAUAAACGCAUUGGUCGCGACGACAUACUGAAAAUCGAGUGGGCUCGGACGCCGCCGUCUGCGUCAUGGCGCUUUGACUCGGGUCGUGACCGAGAUCGAGCUCCUCGACGUUCACCUCGUCGUGGCCGUUCUCCUUCACCUCGACGCAGCACUCGCGACUACUCGCCUCCCCCUCGCAAAGACGACCGGCGUGACCGUGACCGUGAUUAUGACCGUGAUGUUCGCGACCGGCGCGACCGCUCCCGCAGCCCCGACCGACGUGACCGUGACAUCAAAGAUGAUCGCGACGACCGGGAUCGGGAUCCUCGGGAGAACGGCACUAUCGGAGAUGAUCGCAAGGCUAUGGACAGCCCCCCUCCUGCUCACGAUGACCUUGACGUCGCGGAGUGA